AUGGCGGAACUGGCCCUGGGCAUAGUCGCAACUGUUGACUUGGCCUUUCGAUAUGGCAAUCUCCUAGUCGAAACCUACAAAACCUUCAAAGGCGCGGAAGCGGAUGUAGAAGAGCGGAUUUUGACAGUGGAGGCACACUGGUACCGAACGAGGCAACAAGUUGAGUUCCUCCAAAAGAUAUGGAGCACCCUAGACGAUGAAUUCCAAAACAUACAAAGCAGAACCCUGCGAAUGUUGGUUGGCAAAUUAGAAGCAGCAGUUGCGCAGAUUGAAAGAGUGCAGAAGAAAAAGAAUAAGGACUGUGAAACGGAAAACAAGAUCGGAAUACGAAAAAUGAAGUAUGUUCUAGUCAAGGAUAGCUUGGACAAAGCAGUUCAGGAGUUCGAAUCGUGGCAGAAGAUGUUCAAUCCGUCCUGGUUCUUGAUAAUGAAGGUCGCGAGUCCUGUCAUUGAUCAAGAACUAGAGGACGACAGAACUGAAGUCGGCUCUAUAGUGACUGCAAGAGGUUUGAGAGACUCGUUGAAGGAAGAACCGCAAAUUGCGACCAAGAUCUUCCUCCCUGAGAAUGGUCUCGUUUCAGCUAGUCGAACCCGAAUCCCUUUUUCUACGGCCGAAUUGAUACAACGGACGCCGACGAGCAAGUUCUCGAUCCUAGACUCGGUUGCAGGUGAUCCAGAGGUCAACAUAAACAUCCUGAAUAAAGAUGUUAGAGACCUCGCUCGCAAACUUUCGCGGGCAGAUGCACUUACAUUCGGCCUACUUGAAUGCAAGGGUGUCGUGAAGGUCUUUGAGCCUACCAAGAAAAAGAUAGUGUCUUUCGAUUUCGUGUUCAAUAUCCCAGAAGGACUGCAGCAUCCUAAAAGCUUGAGGGGCAUUCUACUCAAAGCAGAUCAGGAUCUUUCAUUGAGCGCGCGCUUCAAGGUUGCUCAGCAACUGGCUACGUCCGUCAGCUUCAUUCACACCUACGGAUUCGUCCACAAAAGCAUCCGGCCCGAAACGGUCUUGAUAUUCGAAAGCCCCAAUUCUACCCUGGCAGCGUCGUUUCUCCUCGGAUUUGAAAAAUUUCGGAUGGCAGAAGGACGGACAAUGCGUCUUGGAGACUGCGUUUGGUACAAGGACAUCUAUCGACAUCCUCGACGACAGGGGCUGAAGCCUGAAGAUGAGUACAGCAUGCAGCAUGACAUCUACAGCCUGGGGGUAUGCCUAUUGGAAAUCGGAUUGUGGGAUACGUUCGUGGUGUAUCAAGAUGAAAAGACGACUGAUCCUGCUCCAUCUCCGCUGCUCGGUGUUCUGCAGGAUCAAGAAGAAGACGAGGUCAAGAAGGCCACUCUGGUAAAAGAUGCGCUUGUAGAGCUUGCCACAAAGAUGUUACCCAGCCGAAUGGGAGACAAAUACACAGAAAUAGUCGUCACAUGCCUGACAUGCCUAGACGAGACUAAUGCAGACUUUGGCGAUGAUACUGAGUUCGAGGAUGAAGAUGGCGUUACGAUAGGUGUUAGAUAUAUUGAGAAGGUACGUGCUUUGCGUAGUUGUCGAUUUCUCAAGGUCGAACCAAUCGUACUGACGCGUUUAGAUUCUCCUCCAACUCGAGUGUAUAUCCAUCUAAUUGUUCUAGUUAGUGUUGUUUUGUCGUCGUCAUGUUAA